CAAUAACGAAACCGCCACUCAUCUGAGACUUUUAAACCGUACGCAAUAAGUAGCACGAGGAUAACAAAUUCUAUUUUGAUAAAAGCCUUUGGGGUUCUCUCGUCUCUCUCUCGUCUCUUCUUCUCCGAUCGCUGCUUCUAGGGGCAAGGUUAAAGUCGAUAACUUUGAAGAGGAUGCAACCAAAUCAAGCAAAGAGGGACACGAAAGAGAUGGACUUUUUCACAGAGUACGGCGACGCCAACCGAUACCGAAUCCUCGAAGUCAUCGGCAAAGGAAGCUACGGAGUUGUGUGCGCAGCCAUCGACACGCACACGGGAGAGAAAGUCGCAAUCAAGAAGAUCAACGACAUCUUCGAACACAUCUCCGACGCGCUUCGGAUCCUCCGUGAGGUCAAGCUUCUGAGGCUCCUAAGGCAUCCUGAUAUAGUGGAGAUCAAAAGCAUCAUGCUUCCUCCUUCCAAGCGAGAGUUCAAAGACAUCUACGUUGUCUUUGAGCUCAUGGAAUCUGAUCUUCACCAAGUUAUUAAAGCUAACGAUGAUCUGACUCGCGAUCACCACCAGUUUUUCCUUUACCAGAUGCUUCGCGCCUUGAAGUUUAUGCAUACGGCUAAUGUUUAUCAUCGUGAUCUUAAGCCGAAGAAUAUACUGGCGAAUGCAAACAGCAAGUUGAAAGUUUGUGACUUUGGGUUGGCUAGAGUUGCGUUUAAUGAUACUCCUACAACAGUCUUGUGGACGGACUAUGUUGCCACAAGAUGGUACAGAGCGCCUGAGCUCUGUGGAUCAUUCUUUACUAAGUAUACUCCAGCUAUAGACAUAUGGAGCAUUGGUUGCAUCUUUGCAGAGGUACUAACAGGGAAGCCAUUGUUUCCGGGGAAAAGCAUUUCUCAUCAGCUGGAGUUGAUUACUGAUCUUCUUGGCACACCAAAACCAGAGACUAUUUCUGGAGUUAGAAAUGAUAAAGCUAGAAAAUACUUGAGUGAGAUGAAGAACAAAAAUCCGGUCACCUUCUCUCAAAAAUUCUGCAAAGCAGAUCCUUUAGCAAUCAGACUCUUGCAGAGGCUGUUGGCUUUUGAUCCAAAGGAUAGACCAACUGCUGCAGAGGCACUGGCUGAUCCUUACUUUAAGGGUCUUGCUAAGGUUGAAAGAGAGCCUUCAUGUCAGCCAAUCUCGAAGAUGGAGUUUGAGUUUGAGAGAAGAAGGUUGACAAAGGAUGACAUUAGGGAACUUAUAUACAGGGAGAUACUGGAGUACCAUCCUCAGUUGCUCAAGGACUAUAUGAGUGGUUCUGAGGGAUCAAGUUUCGUAUAUCCUAGCGCCAUAGGACAUCUUAGGAAGCAGUUCAAUUACUUAGAGGAGAAUAGCAGUAGAAAUGGUCCGGUCAUACCUCUUGAGAGGAAGCACGUUUCACUUCCUCGGUCUACAGUUCAUUCAAGUGUAGUCCAUUCCACCAGUCAACCAAUUCCUGCAGGAACUAGAGCUUUAGGACCUCCUCCAAGAGUACCACCAUCUGGUAGAGCAGGACGUGUUGUGGAAUCAUCUGUUAGUUAUGAGAAUGGUAGGUACCUCAAAGAAACUUACUUCAGAAGCGCGGUAUCAUCUCCUCACUGCUACUUCAAAGCAAACACCAUGAUGAACCCAAAUAACAGCAAGGUUGAGGCUUCUUUUCAGCCUAAACCACAAGAAUUUGUCACCGUACCUCCAGCUGCUAGGACUAACCAAACAAACGUGGAGAUUGUGAACCGCCCAAACCCUUAUUUCCAAUCACAAGUCCCUAAUGUAGAACACUCAAGCAACAACAACAAUAUGGCCAUCGAUGCUAAGCUGUUGCAAUCACAGACACAGUUUGGUCCAGCCGGGGCCGCAGCGGUUGCAGUAGCAGCACACAUGAACAUAGGCACAACUAUUUAGGGUCUCCGGUCCUAGUUUUUUUUGUGUAGAGAAUUAUUGGGCCAGGGUCUGAUUUGAACAGCUUUCAAAUGAUAUAAUAAAAGACUUUCUGAUGUUGUAACUCACAAGAUUUGGUUAGAUCAGUCUGAUCCCGGGUUGUUACCGGUAAUGGUUUCGGUUA